CAUAAAGUAACAGAGGAGGAGGACAUAGGGAGCUUGCAAAAAGUCGUUGGACCUAUUUAUCCUCGUCCCUUCACCAUUUUUCUUACUCUCUUCUUUCUCAACACACUGACAAAACAUACCAUUUCUCUCUUCCAGUUACAUUCUUCUUCUACUUAACUCGACAGAUCUUUGCUUACUUUUGUUCUGUUUUUUCCAACCAAACUUACAUAUCAUCGUUGUUACUCCUCACACAUGGGUCUGGUUAGUCUAUAGUCUCCAAGAAAGAAGAAGAAUCAGGGUCAAGCUUCAUCGGAUCUAAAGAUGGAUUACGAUCCAGCUCAUGCAGUGAGCAGAGGUGGGAGUAUGCGGCAAACCAUAAGUCGUAGUGUGAGCAAAGCAAGCAGAAACGUGGAGGACAUAUUCAAUACAAGCUCUAGACGAACCAAAUCCGUCAACGAAGACGAAGAAGCUCUCAAAUGGGCUGCCAUCGAGAAACUCCCUACCUACAGCCGUCUCCGCACCAGUCUCAUGCCCGAACUCGCCGAAAACGACGUCUACGGCAACCAAAUCCUCAACAAAGAAGUUGACGUCACCAAGCUCGACGGCGAAGAACGUCAGAAGUUCAUCGACAUGGUCUUCAAAGUGGCCGAGCAGGACAACGAACGGAUCUUGACCAAGCUCAGAAACAGGAUCGACCGUGUUGGGAUCCAACUUCCCACUGUGGAAGUGAGGUACGAAAACUUGACUAUCAGAGCUGACUGUUACACCGGUGAUAGAUCUCUUCCUUCGCUUCUAAACACGGUGAGGAACAUGGGAGAAGCUGCUCUAGCCUUGAUCGGAAUUAGGCUUGCCAAGAAAGCACAGCUCACUAUUCUCAAAGAUAUUUCCGGGAUCGUCAAACCUUCAAGGAUGACACUUUUGUUGGGUCCUCCCUCCUCCGGGAAGACCACGCUUCUGUUGGCUCUUGCCGGCAAACUCGACAAGUCUCUUGACGUCACUGGGGAGGUAACCUAUAAUGGUUACCGCCUCAACGAGUUUGUUCCAAUCAAAACCUCUGCUUACAUUAGCCAGAACGAUCUUCAUGUUGGUAUCAUGACUGUUAAAGAGACUCUUGAUUUCUCUGCUAGGUGCCAAGGUGUUGGUACUCGUUACGAUCUUCUAAAUGAGUUGGCAAGAAGAGAAAAGGACGCUGGGAUUUUCCCGGAAGCUGAUGUUGAUUUGUUCAUGAAGGCCUCUGCUGCUCAAGGUGUCAAGAGUAGUCUCAUCACUGAUUAUACUCUCAAAAUUCUGGGGCUUGACAUUUGCAAGGACACUAUAGUUGGAGAUGACAUGAUGAGAGGUAUUUCAGGAGGUCAGAAGAAGCGUGUGACAACUGGUGAGAUGAUCGUCGGACCGACUAAGACUCUGUUCAUGGAUGAGAUAUCCACCGGGCUUGACAGCUCCACUACUUUCCAAAUCGUGAAAUGCUUGCAACAGAUUGUUCACCUCACGGAAGCCACUGUGCUCAUAUCUCUUCUCCAGCCUGCUCCUGAGACGUUUGAUCUAUUCGACGAUAUCAUCCUAUUGUCGGAGGGUCAAAUUGUGUACCAGGGACCUAGAGACCACGUCCUAGAGUUCUUUGAGGGAUUUGGGUUCAAAUGCCCUGAAAGAAAAGGAACAGCUGAUUUCUUGCAAGAGGUUACAUCUAAGAAAGAUCAACAGCAGUAUUGGGUUGAUCCAAACAGACCGUAUAGAUACAUUACAGUGCCGGAGUUCGCCAGCAGCUUCAAGACAUUCCAUGUUGGAACUAAACUAUCUAACGAGCUAUCAGUACCGUUCGACAAGUCUAAAAGCCACAAAGCAGCUCUAGUGUUUGACAAAUACUCAAUGAAGAAAACAGAGCUUCUUAAAAGCUGUUGGGACAAAGAGUGGAUGCUCAUGAAGCGAAACUCCUUCUUCUAUGUCUUCAAAACCGUCCAAAUCAUCAUCAUUGCCGCAAUCACGUCAACCCUUUUCCUCAGAACCGAAAUGCACACAAGGAAUGAGAUUGACGCCAACAUCUACGUCGGUUCACUCCUAUUUGCGAUGAUCGUUAACAUGUUUAACGGUCUUGCGGAGAUGGCGAUGACGAUCCAGAGACUUCCCGUGUUCUACAAGCAAAGGGAUCUUUUGUUUCAUCCACCGUGGACAUACACGCUUCCCACAUUCUUGUUAGGGAUUCCAAUCUCCAUCUUCGAGUCUACAGCAUGGAUGGUGGUGACAUAUUACUCCAUAGGAUAUGCACCCGAGGCUAGCCGAUUCUUCAAACAGUUCUUAAUCAUUUUCUUGAUCCAACAAAUGGCUUCCGGGAUAUUCAGGUUCAUAGCAUCUACAUGUAGAACCAUGACCAUAGCCAAUACCGGGGGUGUGCUCGUUCUACUAGUCGUGUUCUUGACUGGAGGUUUCCUUCUUCCUCGGGGUGAGAUUCCUGUUUGGUGGAGAUGGGCUUAUUGGAUAUCCCCUCUUUCUUACGCUUUCAAUGGCCUCACCGUCAAUGAACUGUUUGCUCCUAGAUGGAUGAACAAAAUGUCUGCCGACAACACAACGAAGUUAGGAACAAGUGUGCUUAAUAUUUGGGAUGUAUUUGAUGACAAGAACUGGUACUGGAUAUCAGUUGGAGGCUUGCUUGCUUUUACUGUCGUCUUCAACGGCUUUUUUACACUGGCACUUACUUAUCUGGACCCCCUUGGGAAGGCACAAGCUAUACUUCCAAAAGAAGAAGACGAAGAGGCUGCAGCCAAUAAGGAAACUGAGAUGAAGAGUGUGGGCAACAAGAAAGGAAUGGUUCUCCCAUUUACUCCUCUAGCUAUGUCAUUUGACGAUGUUAAGUACUUUGUUGACAUGCCUGCGGAAAUGAGGGACCAAGGAGUUCAAGAAACCAGAUUACAACUUCUAAAAGGAGUGACAAGCGCGUUUAGGCCAGGAGUGUUGACGGCGUUAAUGGGGGUGAGCGGUGCAGGCAAGACAACUCUGAUGGACGUUUUGGCCGGAAGGAAAACAGGAGGAUACAUAGAAGGAGACAUAAGAGUAUCUGGAUUCCCAAAGAAACAGGAGACAUUUGCUAGAAUCUCUGGUUACUGUGAACAAACAGACAUUCACUCUCCACAAGUUACAGUAAGAGAAUCACUUAUCUUCUCUGCCUUCCUUCGCCUUGCUAAGGAAGUAAGCAAAGAGGAUAAAAUGAUGUUUGUGGAUCAAGUGAUGGAACUAGUGGAGUUGGUGGAUCUGAAAGAUGCAAUUGUUGGUUUACCUGGUGUCACGGGGCUUUCCACGGAACAGAGGAAGAGAUUAACAAUCGCGGUUGAGCUUGUGGCUAACCCUUCAAUCAUCUUCAUGGACGAGCCAACUUCAGGUUUGGAUGCUAGAGCAGCUGCCAUUGUGAUGAGAGCGGUGAGAAACACUGUGGACACAGGGAGAACUGUUGUGUGCACUAUCCACCAACCUAGCAUUGAUAUCUUUGAGGCGUUUGAUGAACUACUACUAAUGAAGAGAGGAGGACAUGUGAUAUACUCUGGUCCCUUAGGCCGAAACUCUCACAAGGUUGUUGAGUACUUUGAAUCCUUUCCUGGAGUGCCAAAGAUUCCCGAAAAGUACAACCCGGCCACUUGGAUGCUGGAAGCCAGCUCUCUUGCAGCCGAGUUGAAGCUAGGAGUGGACUUCGCUGAGCUAUAUAAGGCUUCAGCCUUAUGCCAGCGGAACAAGGCUCUGGUGCAAGAACUAAGCGUGCCUCCCCAAGGAGCAACUGAUCUUUACUUUGCUACACAGUUUUCGCAGAAUACAUGGGGACAAUUCAAAUCAUGCCUAUGGAAGCAGUGGUGGACUUAUUGGAGAUCUCCUGACUACAACCUUGUCCGGUUCAUCUUCACCUUGGCAACAUCUCUCAUGAUCGGCUCUGUCUUUUGGCAGAUUGGAGGUAAGAGAUCAAACGUACAAGACCUGACAAUGGUGAUUGGAGCAAUCUACGCAGCAGUUGUAUUCGUUGGUAUAAACAACUGCUCGACGGUACAACCAAUGGUGGCAAUUGAACGGACAGUGUUCUACAGGGAAAAAGCAGCCGGGAUGUACUCAGCCAUACCUUAUGCUAUCUCCCAAGUGACUUGUGAGCUACCCUAUGUCUUGGUCCAAACCACAUACUACUCUCUUAUCAUCUACGCUAUGGUUGGAUUCGAGUGGAAAGCUUCCAAGUUCUUGUGGUUCGUCUUCAUCAACUACUUCUCUUUCCUCUACUGGACCUACUACGGCAUGAUGACCGUGUCUCUCACACCUAACCAGCAAGUUGCUUCCAUCUUUGCAUCAGCCUUCUAUGGUAUUUUUAACCUCUUCUCUGGCUUCUUCAUCCCUAGACCCAAGAUUCCAAAGUGGUGGGUGUGGUAUUACUGGAUCUGCCCUGUCGCUUGGACAAUAUACGGCUUGAUCACUUCUCAAUACGGUGACGUUGAGACUCGCAUUGCUUCUCUUGGUGGCCCUGUUGACCUCACUGUCAAGCAAUACAUUAAAGACCAAUACGGUUUUGAAUCAGACUUCAUGGGUCCUGUCGCCGGAGUACUCGUUGGCUUCACCGUCUUCUUUGCCUUCAUCUUCGCAUUUUGCAUCAGGACUCUCAACUUCCAGACUAGAUAACCACUCUACACUAGACUCCGUUUUCUUGUGAAACAUUUCUUGCAAUAAAAAAGCUCUUUGCUUCUUUAAUUUUUUUUUUUUGUUUUCUCUUAAUUUGACUUUAUUUUUGUUCUAUUGUAUAAAAACUAUUCAUCAAGACCUUUUUAGAAAUAAAAAGUUGCAUUCUACGAAACU